AUGGAAACUGAGGAUGGAAUUGGCGAGACAUCUCAGUUAGAUAAUGAAAUUGGUGGUGACACGAUUUUAGAGCCCAAGUCGAAGAUGGAGUUUAAUUCCUUUGAAGAAGUAAUGACUUAUUAUAAGCAGUAUGCUAAGAGUAUUGGGUUUGGAGUGAUGACAAGAAGGACUGAGAAGGGUGAUGAUGGGACUGUCAGAUAUGCCACCCUCAGUUGUGCCCGGGGUGGAAAGGCCCGUAAUAGGACGUUGAAUGUCGCCAGUCCAAAAAAAUCCCGAUUCUUUCGAUGUAAUCGAGAAGUUAGUGAUUCCGUAAAAAGAGUCUUAGAUACAAAUGAUCUGGCUGGUAUCCGAAUGAAUAAGAGUUUCAGAUCUCUUGUCGUUGGCGCGGGAGGUUUCGAAAACCUCCCGUUUUUGGAAAAUGAUUGUCGGAAUUACAUCGAUAAGGCAAGACAUCUAAGGCUUGGCGCUGGUGGUGCUGGAGCGCUUCAGGAAUAUUUUUUACGGAUGCAAUACAAGAAUCCUGGGUUCUUUGCGUCGAUGGAUCUAGAUGACGACGAGAGGUUAAAGAAUGUUUUCUGGGCAGACCCUUGUAGUAGGGCAGCCUAUGAAGAUUUCGGUGACGUGGUUACAUUCGACACCACAUAUCUGACGAACAGAUAUGGGAUGCCUUUUGCACCAUUUGUUGGUGUAAACCACCACGGCCAGUCAAUUCUUUUGGGAGCAUGA